GAUCCAGGAGGUGGGGGUGGGAGGAGGUGGGGGCCGCCCCGCGAGAAGAGCGGGAAGAGGCGGACAGCGAGGCCAAGAUUUCAGCUGCGGGACGCUCAGGGGAGACCUCCAGGCGCAGGGAAGGACGGCCGGGGUGACACGGAAGCAUGCGACGGCUGCUGAUCCCGCUGGCCCUGUGGCUGGGCGCGGUGGGCGUGGGCGUCGCCGAGCUCACGGAAGCCCAGCGCCGGGGCCUGCAGGUGGCCCUGGAGGAAUUUCACAAGCACCCGCCCGUGCAGUGGGCCUUCCAGGAGACCGGUGUGGAUAGCGCCGUGGACACGCACUUCCCAGCUGGAAUAUUUGUGAGGCUGGAAUUUAAGCUCCAGCAGACAAGCUGCCGGAAGAGGGACUGGAAGAAACUCCAGUGCAAAGUCAGGCCCAAUGGGAGGAAACGGAAAUGCCUGGCCUGCAUCAAACUGGGCUCUGAGGGCAAAGUUCUGGGCCGGAUGGUCCACUGUCCCAUAGAGACACAGGUUCUGCGGGAGCCUGAGGAGCACCAGGAGACCCAGUGCAUCAGGGUGCAGCAGGCUGGUGAGGACCCCCACAGCUUCUACUUCCCUGGACAGUUUGCCUUCUCCAAGGCCCUACCCCACAGCUGAGCCAGCACUGAGCUGCAUGGUGCCUCUGGGACCGCUGUCGGUGGUAACCAGUGGAAGACCCCAGACCCCCAGGAGAGGACCCCGUUCUAUCCCCGGCCAUGAUAAUAAAGCUGCUCUCCCAGCUGCCUCUCA